AGUUAAGAUUUGAGAAUAGGAAGUGUAAAGAUGGAGGCUCUUGGCAUUUUCAUACCUAAGUUUUAGCUACACUUUAUGGAAAAUCUUCCCCAGCUCUAAAAUCAGUUAGAUGAGGACCUCAGGUCCUUUAGGUCUUAACAGACUCUGUAAUUGGAAAAUGUGGGGAUAUGUGUGCCAUAUCAUGAUAAAAUAAGUUUCAGGAUUGUUUUGGAGAAGACCUGAUCUGGAGAAGAUCACCAGGAUCAUGUUCAUGUUGUUGCACAGGUAGAGAAGAUAAUGGCUUCUGCUGGGAACCAGAGCAGUGGUGUGACAGAGUUCAUCCUGGCAGGUUUCCCGAAUCUCAACAGCACAAAAGCAGAAUUGUUUUCUGUCUUCCUUCUUGUCUAUCUGCUGACUCUAACAGGCAAUGUGUUGAUUGUUGGGGUGGUAGGAGGUGAUACUCGCCUGCAGACUCCCAUGUACUUCUUUCUGGGUAACCUGUCCUGCCUAGAGAUCCUGCUCACUUCUGUCAUCAUUCCCAAGAUGCUGAGCAAUUUCCUCUCGAGGCAACACACUAUCUCCUUUGCUGCAUGUAUUACCCAAUUCUAUUUCUACUUCUUUCUUGGGGCCUCUGAGUUUCUGCUUUUGGCCGUCAUGUCUGUGGAUCGCUACCUGGCCAUCUGUCACCCUCUUCACUACCCCUUGCUCAUGAAUGGUGCUGUGUGCUUUUGGGUGGCCUUGGCCUGCUGGAUGGGGGGACUACUCCCUGUGCUUGGCCCCACAGUGGCUGUGGCCUUGCUUCCUUUCUGUGAACAGGAUGCUGUAGUGCAGCACUUCUUCUGUGACAGUGGCCCACUGCUCCGCCUGGCAUGCACCAACACCAAGAAGCUGGAGGAAACUGACUUUGUCCUUGCCUCUCUUGUCAUUGUAUCCUCACUGAUGAUUACUGCCGUGUCCUAUGGCCACAUAGUCCUGGCUGUCCUGCACAUCCCCUCUGCUUCAGGCCGUCAGAAGGCCUUCUCUACCUGUACCUCCCACUUGAUUGUGGUGACUCUUUUCUACGGAAGUGCCAUUUUUCUCUAUGUGAGGCCAUCACAGAGUGGCUCUGUGGAUACUAACUGGGCAGUGACAGUGGUAACAACAUUUGUGACACCACUGCUGAAUCCAUUCAUCUAUGCCUUGCGCAAUGAGCGAGUCAAGGAAGCUUUGAAAGACAUGUUCAGGAAGGUGGUAGCAGGCUUUUGGGGGGAUCUUUUACUUGCUAAGAGUUUCAAUAAGAAAACAGUGAGGUGAAGGUGAAGGGAUGUGAUAAUUAGUCUUCAGUCCAAGUCUUCUCCAUUGUCAUUCUCCUUCCUACCAUCAGCAUGGACAUCACCAAACGACUGAGUGCUGGAACCACUAAAGAACUCCAGAUUUAACAAGUCUAUCCUUCUUCUCUUUCAGGCAAAAUUUGAUUCUAUCUCAUACAUAAAUCCACAUUAUUAUUGAUAUCACAAUCAUUACGGUCAUUACACCAUAAGAACUUCCAACCUGUGAGAUCUUAACCUAAGGGUCCAUGGUCGUCAGGGAGUCUAAGUAUGGGCUUCAGAAAAUUUAUAAGCACCAUUAAUAUGUAAAUUUUAUGUAUUUGAGCCUAUACGCAUUUGUUUAGGAAGAGAAUUCAUAGCUUCAAUCCAAUUCUUAGAGGGAUCUAUGUGCGACCUUUGCCAAAAGUUAUAAACUGGUUAAAAUUCUCAGUUCAGUCUUUCAGCUGUUUAUGAAAAUCAAGAAUUUUAAGAAAAACUUCCUUAUAAUCAUAAAAAUAAAAUAAAUAGAUUAUCUGGAUACUUUUGUAUACACUUUCCCCCCCAAAUUGCAUUUAUUGUCAGAUGGAAAAGAGGUAAAGCAAAUUUAAUAAGGGAGUUAUUCACUUCUCCACAGCAAUCCCAGGUGCCUCUGAAAAAGCAGACCAAUGAGAGAUUUCAUGAAUAAUAGCAUUUAAUGUGUUUUUCUAAUUUUCACUUUAUUACAAAGAUGAAUUAAAGA